GUGUACGCCCGGGUGCUGGCGCUGCACCCCGAGGCGCCCGGCCUCUACAACUACCUGCCCUGGCAGUACCACGCCGGCCAGGGCGCGCUGCUCUACUCGGCCGAGGUGGAGAUGCUGUGCGACCAGGCGUGGGGCAGCAUGCUGGAGGUGCCCGCCGGCUCCAGGCUCAACCUCACGGGCCUGGGGUACUUCUCGUGCCACUCGCACAGCGUGGUCCAGGGCUACUCCUACUUCUUCUUCCUCAGGAUGGAUGAAAAUUAUAACCUCUUGCCUCAUGGAGUUAACUUCCAAGAUGCCAUCUUUCCAGAUACACAAGAAAACAGAAGGAUGUUUUCCAGUCUCUUUCAGUUUGCAAACUGUUCCCAAGGACAGCAGCUUGUGGCUUUCUCCAGUGACUGGGAGAUCCAAGAAGACAACAGGCUCCUGUGCUCCUCCGUGCAGAAGGCCCUCUUUGAGGAGGAGGACCACGUCAAGAAACUGCAGCAGAAGGUGGCCGCCCUGGAGAAGCGGAACAAGCAGCUGCGCGAGCGGGUGAAGAGGGUCAAGCGGUCGCUGAGGCAGGCCCGGAAGUACGGGCGCGGCCUGGAGCUGGACAACCAGAAGCUGAGCGAGAAGCUGGCCGCAGUCGGGGCGCUUCCGCACAUCAACGCCCUGGGGCGCGAGCCCGCGCGCGCCCCCUACCUGCGCGGGUAGUAGGUGCAGGGGCGGCUGGGCCCACACCAGUCCGGGAGGGCUCGGGGAAAGACGGGCUUUCGUACGUGCACUUGUUCCAUACUGUAUAGACAUCUCCUGUAGCGUCUCACCGGAUAGGAUGGCGGUCUUGCUUUCUCCUCGGGUGCCGCCUCUUCAGUGUGGGGCCUGAGGUCCAGGGGCAGCGGGACGCUUGAGGGCUGUGUGCUUGUCCGGGGUCUGGCCUCAGCGCCUGGGAGCAGCUUAGGAAGUGCCCUGGCCGGGGCGCGCGCUUCAGUGCACAGGCAUCCAGGGCACAGCCCUGGCUUCUCACACUGUGGCUCCCGACACCUGGGCCCAGCCAGCCUGUGCCGAGGGCCCCGCCGAAGUAGGACGUGAAACCUUUGGCGCCCCUUGGCCCACAUCCUUACUCCGGCGGCCCCCACCUCCCCAGCUGAGGCAGGUCGGGCCUCAGUGAGCUCAUGGCAGACAGGGAGUGGAUUCUGCGUGGGAAGCUGGCAAUUAGCCAAGAUGAACUGCAGUUGGUUCCCACCAUCGGCUCCAGGGCUACCCCGAUCAGUGGGCGCUCUAGGUUGUCUCGUCGGGAGGGCAGUUGCUUCUGUGGGGCUACCGCACUCCAUCAGGCUCUGUCUGAAUCAGCAUUUAGCUCAGCCACUGCUAAAUAUUAACUUCUUGUUUGCCCAUAAUUGCUUCCAAAGUCUGUGUUUGAGGUGAGCUGCCCCAAUUCACCGUUUCUGUUCCACAAAGACUCCUCCCUACCCGCGGGAUCAGUGACCGCACUGCAUCUCCUCCCAGGCUCCCAGAGGGCUUUUUCCAGAGGUUCCAACAUCUGCUUCUUUAUGCACCCCCUCCGCGGCCACGCCCGACAGUCACAGCUGCACAGCAGCACACCUGCCAUGACAGGUCCUUAGGCAGGCAGAACCACUGACCUUCAGGAAGAGGCUUUCCAGGCAGCAGAA